AUGAAGAAGAGAGGAAAGGAAAACCAGAAGUCUUUACGACAAGGUCAUCAAGGUGGAGAAAAGUUACCACAGUCAAUCAAUGUCCCUUAUGAUCUAGCGGUCGAGAUACUCUCGAGACUACAGGUGAAAACACUUGCGAGGUUACGAUGUGUAUCGAAGCUAUGGUCAUCUAGUAUCAUUACCGAGGCGAUCAAAACUAGGGCUUUGACUCAGCCACGCCAGCUCGUCGUUUGCUACCACCGGUCGCUCCAAUCUUCAUAUAUCUCCUCGUAUACUUAUCCUCUCAACGCUAACACAACAUUCGUAGCCGCAGACAGAGGUGGUCUUGCCAUGUCUCCUCCUUGUCGUACACUAUAUCAACGCAGAAGCACCUUCGACUACGCAUAUGUCCGAGGAUUAAUCUGUUAUUACUCAGACUCUAAGCAGUUUGCGAUAUACAACCCUACCACGAGUCAAAACGUUUUGUUGCCGCCAACAGUGGGAUACCAUAAAGAAAACAAAUCAUUUGAUGGAUUCUCUAGGUAUGAUCCAGUUGCGAAAAGUUACGUAGUCGAGAGCAAGUACUAUCAUGGCUUCUUUGGAUAUGAUCCAGUUAAGGAUCAAUACAAAGUCUUGCGUUUUAUCGAAGGGGCAACAAUAUGCGAUUAUUCUUGUAUGGUUAUAACAUUUAGAGGUCCAAAUAAACAAGAAUGGAGAAAGAUUGAAAUUCAAGAAGAUAUCUCUCCGCCGAGAGGUAAUGGUGUGUGCAUCAAUGGAAUUAUCUAUUACCUAGGAGGCACAUUAACAAGUAGUGUAUUGGUAUUAGGGAGGUUCGACGUUAGGUUUGAGAGAUUUGAUCAUAUCCAGAUGCCCAUAGAUGUGGCGAUGAAUCAGUUGGAGGAGUUGAGUUUAGUAAACUACCAAGGGAAACUAGGAUGCACGUUUUACAGCAAAGAUAGAGCAGAGGUGUGGGUUAUGAAUAGGGAUGUUAACUACAGGGGUUAG